UGCUGUUUUACAAACUGGCCGUCACACUUGUUGCAGACCAUGACGUUGAUCGAGUCUCUCGCUGACCUGGAGCUCGUUUGUUCUCAAAAUGCCGAAUGAGAGAGACGACCGCGACAUGCACGCCAAAGAGCAGUUCAUCAUGUCUCACGCCGCUCUUUGCACCAUCCCGCUGGCGCUCUCGGCGGGAGACGCUGCCGCCGCCGCCGCGGAGACCGAGCGAGGCGCGCCCGACGCUCACGGAGAAGAGUUUGCCCACAGUCACAGAAACGCCUGCUGCCGCCCCGACAGACCUGCGCUGAACAGGUGUAUGACUCUGCCCGGAGCUCUUGUAGAAAACGACCCCGUCAAGGCGGAGGCAGCGGAGGGAUCCAGACAUGAGUUCGGCCAUCACGCGCACAGGUUGUUCGACAGCGAUGACGACCUGGACUAUCACGUGCACCAUCACUGGCAUCCUCACGAGAGCAACUCGCACUAUUCCUUUGAGGCCAUUCAGCGCAGACAUACCACCCUGAGAGAGAAGUGCCGCCGGCAGGCCGUCCGUGGCCCCGCUUACAUGUUCAGCGAGAGAGGCACCAGUCUGACCGAAGAGGAGGAACGUUUCCUAGACGCUGCAGAGUAUGGAAACAUCCCCGUGGUCCGUAAGAUGCUUGAAGAGUCCAAGACUUUGAAUGUGAACUGUGUGGACUACAUGGGUCAGAAUGCGUUGCAGCUCGCUGUAGGGAACGAACACUUGGAGGUCACAGAACUGUUGUUGAAGAAAGAAGGGCUGGCGCGAGUGGGUGAUGCCCUGCUGUUAGCCAUCAGCAAAGGCUACGUGCGGAUAGUAGAGGCCAUCUUAGCCCAUCCGGCAUUCGAAGGUGGCCUCCGUCUGACUCUGAGUCCCCUGGAGCAACAGCUACGAGACGACGACUUCUACGCGUACGAUGAAGACGGGACUCGCUUUUCCCAGGACGUCACGCCUAUGAUUCUAGCGGCCCACUGCAAGGAGUACGAGAUCGUGCACAUUUUGUUACUCAAGGGGGCUCGCAUUGAGAAACCCCACGACUAUUUCUGCAAGUGCGGCGAGUGUGCGGAGAAACAGAAGCAGGAUUCUUUCAGCCAUUCGCGAUCGAGGAUGAACGCCUAUAAAGGCCUCGCCAGCGCUGCAUAUCUGUCACUGUCUAGCGAAGACCCUGUGCUCACGGCUCUGGAGCUCAGCAAUGAGCUGGCACAACUCGCCAACAUCCAGACUGAAUUUAAGAAUGACUACAGGAAGCUCUCCAUGCAGUGUAAGGACUUUGUGGUCGGCGUUCUGGAUCUCUGCAGGAACACAGAGGAGGUGGAUGCCAUUUUGAAUGGAGAUGUGGACCAGAACCCCCUGAGCGAACACCAUCGCCCUUGCCUUAGCCGGGUCAAACUGGCCAUUAAAUAUGAAGUGAAGAAGUUUGUGGCUCAUCCGAACUGCCAGCAGCAGUUACUGACGCUGUGGUAUGAGAAUCUAUCAGGCCUUAGGCAGCAGUCAAUCGGCGUGAAGUGUUGGACAGUGCUGGGAGUGAUGGUUGGCCUGCCAUUUCUUGCUAUUGCAUAUUGGAUUAUGCCCUGCAGCAAGGUGGGCCAGGUCCUCCGCAGUCCCUUUAUGAAAUUUGUAGCUCACGCCGUCUCGUUCACCCUCUUCCUAUGUCUUCUGGUCCUCAAUGCGUCCGACCGCUUUUCGGGGGUCAAAAACCUUCCUAACGAAACCAUCACUGAUCAUCCACGGCAGAUCUUUCGCAUUAAAACCACUCAGUUCUCGUGGACAGAGAUGUUGAUAAUGGAAUGGGUGCUGGGAAUGAUCUGGACGGAGUGUAAGGAGGUUUGGGCCGACGGACCACGAGAAUACAUCAUGCAUUUGUGGAACGUGUUAGACUUCGGGAUGCUGUCGGUGUUCGUGGCGUCAUACACCGCGCGGUUCAUGGCUUUCCUGCAAGCCUCCCAUGCACAGCUCUAUGUGGAUUUGUACGUGACUAACGCAGAUCUGAUCAAUGCCUCGUUACCAGAAGACGUGGCCUACUUCACUUAUGCCAGGAACAGGUGGCUUCCCUCAGAUCCUCAGCUCAUCUCCGAGGGCUUGUACUCCAUCGCUGUGGUGCUCAGUUUUUCACGUAUUGCGUACGUUCUGCCGGCCAACGAGAGUUUUGGACCCUUGCAAAUAUCUCUUGGGCGCACUGUGAAGGAUAUUUUUAAAUUCAUGGUCAUCUUCAUCAUGGUCUUCCUCGCCUUCAUGAUCGGCAUGUUUAAUUUGUAUUCCUACUACUUGGGGGCUAAAUACAAUCCUGCUUUUACCACGGUCGAGGAAAGCUUUAAAACACUGUUCUGGUCCAUCUUUGGUUUAUCUGAGGUGAUCUCCGUGGUUCUGAAGUACGAUCAUAAGUUCAUCGAGAACAUUGGUUAUGUGCUCACGGGCUAUAACGUCACAAUGGUGGUGGUUCUGCUCAACAUGCUCAUAGCCAUGAUCAACCACUCAUACCAGGAGAUUGAGGAGGACGCUGACGUAGAAUGGAAGUUUGCUCGUGCAAAGCUGUGGCUCUCCUAUUUUGAUGAAGGCAGCACUCUUCCACCCCCCUUUAAUCUAAUGCCCAGCCCCAAAUCCUUCUAUUACAUGGCUCAGCGCACCAAAGCAUGCCUAGUGAGUUUAUGCAAGGCCAGGGUUCGUGGCAACAGCAGCCAGCAGGACGUGGGAACGGCCAAUUCACGCUCUAAGCUUCGUCGGUUUCAGCCUUACCACGCACAGGAAGGCUUCACGGUUAGAAAUCCUAUCAAACACCCCACAAGAUAUCAGAAACUCAUGAAGCGUCUCAUCAAGCGGUAUGUCCUAAAAGCCCAAAUUGACAGCGAAAGUGAUGAGAUCAAUGAAGGUGAGCUGAAGGAAAUCAAGCAGGACAUUUCCAGCCUCCGCUAUGAGCUCCUGGAGGAAAAGUCGCAGGCCACUGAAGAACUCGCUGAGCUGAUUCAGGAGCUCGGAGACAAACUCAGCAAAGGAGCAAAGAGACCAUGAGAAACGAAACUCUUGUGAUUCUAGCCGAGAGUGUCCUGGACCGAGUCUGGAUCUGCUGAAAUAUUUAGUUUAGAUAAAAACUUUAAAGUCUUAAAACGUAAUCCGUUUUAGACAUCGGUUUGUGAAGGUGUGGUUUGUGGUGUAGGAUGCAAUUUAAUAAUUUAAUAAUUUAAUGACGCAGGAGAGACACAGUGCUGUAGAAUAAUAAUAAAUUCAAAUGGACGUAUUAUCACAAUAUCUAUAUUAUUAAAAUGACAACAAGAGCUAAAUGUGCUAGUUCUGACAUUAGUUCUCAGUAUCCCAGAGCUGCACAUUAUGAUCAAGGAGGCUUGGCACAUGAGUUAAUGAUAACAAUGUGUUUUUUUAAUAAGGUAGACAUCCAAAAUGUGCAUGGUGGAAAAACUCCAGGAUCUGGACGGAGAUAAUA